CUUUCACAGUGGAUGUCGUGGAAACAACAACAAAUUGUUUUAUCUUUUUUAUAUCUUAUCUUUUUUCCACUUUUUUUUUGUUAUUACUUUUUCUUUGUUUUUUAUUUCAUUGUUAUCAAAGGAACCAUGCAUUCCGGAUAUCCAUCAUAUACUAUAUGAAGAAAUAAAUGAAUCGAAAUUGUAAUAGAAGAAACAAAACCAGACAAGAAGUAAAAAGGACACGAAUCUUUAUGCAAAACAAAAUAAGAAUGUACUUUUCAGCAGUGUUGAUGUGCGUGUUACUCUUUAACGUCAUCGAAACUGCUCCUCAACAAAAGAGAUACUUCCAAAACAAACAACACACAGUUGCUGACACGAAUAUCGACACAGACAUAAAAAGGCUCUCACGUAGCUACCUGGAAUUCAUUAAAAGUUACUUGUCCAGAAGAUCUUCGAGUGGUUUCAAGAGAUCAUUUGAUCAUGUUCAGGUGUAUGAACCAGAAAAUUCUGCACAAGGGCCAUGCAUCUACGCAAGAAAUGGUAGGUGUUUGUUUGUCUCCAACAAAAAGGAAAUUACAGCUGCUGAUGUCCGAAGCUUUUUAAACACAAUGGGUAAGUUGACGGAGAAAAGACAAGAAGUCUCAACGGAUGGACUUUGGGGAAAACGAAAUGAGAAAUUAUCUCUGAAAUCACCAAUGCUGUCAUAACUAAGCAAAUAUGAAUAGUGACUUCGCUUGCAAGGCUUUUGUGGAGUAGAACUAAUGUCGGAUCAUAGUAACUUUGUAAAUGUAUAGAGAUUCUUAUUUUAGUAUUCAUAAAAACAAAAAGCUACACCACGAAACAGACUUCAUUUUUACAGUAGAUUAUAAAGACCUUCAUUAAUUGUAGAUGUUAUAUAUAAUGAAUAAUAUUAUCAGCAUCUCUCA